UAAAAACAGGAUUACCCUUAGCUACAGCUCCACUGCCUUAGUUUCCAUAGCCAACUGCCGUGCACAAACACACCUCCACUAGGCAGAGAGAGCCGACACUAAUAAAAACACAAACAAAAGGGUGAUGGAAGUGAUUCACUGCCUGCGCGGCUGAGUAUGUGCCAUUCCUGAGCGAGUUUCCCCGCCGGCUGAUCCCCGGGGCUGCCCGGCUCCCCGGCUCCGCAUGCCCCACCUCCGGAGCAAAAUUCUCUCUCUCCAUUCGUUGUGGAAAGGGAGGCUUAGCAGCUGGGAUUUGCCAUCACCAGCCUACAAAUGUGUGUGCCUGCCUACCUGGACUAGGGGGAAGAUAAGCACUGCACUUUGACUAUGGAAGCAGAGGCUGCUGAUGGAUAUAUAACAUGUGACAACGAGCUUUCGCCCGAAAGGGAGCACUGCGGCAUGGCUAUUGACCUCACCUCCAGCACACCCAAUGGGCAGCACACCUCCCCCGGUCACAUGGCAAGCACAAAUUCAGUAAAGCUAGAAAUGCAAAGUGAUGAGGAAUGUGACAGGAAGCCCCUGAGUCAGGAAGAUGAGAUCAGGGCUCAUGAUGAAGGAAGCAGCCUGGAAGAGCCCCUCACUGAGAGUAACGAGAUGGCGGAUAACAGAAAGAUCCAGGAGCUAUCGAGCGAGGGAGGAAUCCGGCUUCCGAAUGGUAAACUGAAAUGUGACGUCUGUGGCAUGGUUUGCAUUGGGCCCAAUGUGCUAAUGGUACAUAAAAGGAGCCACACUGGUGAACGCCCCUUCCACUGUAACCAAUGUGGAGCUUCUUUUACCCAGAAGGGGAACCUGCUGAGGCACAUCAAGUUGCACUCUGGGGAAAAACCGUUCAAAUGUCCCUUCUGCAGCUAUGCCUGCCGACGGAGGGACGCCCUCACAGGACACCUCAGGACGCACUCUGUGGGGAAGCCUCACAAGUGCAACUACUGCGGCCGGAGCUACAAGCAGCGCAGUUCGCUGGAGGAGCACAAGGAACGCUGCCACAACUAUCUGCAGAAUGUCAGUAUGGAGGCUGCUGGGCAGGUCAUGAGUCACCAUGUACCUCCUAUGGAAGAUUGUAAGGAACAAGAGCCUGUGAUGGACAACAAUAUUUCUCUGGUGCCUUUUGAGAGACCUGCUGUUAUAGAGAAGCUGACAAGCAACAUGGGAAAGCGUAAAAGCUCCACCCCACAGAAGUUUGUGGGUGAAAAGCUCAUGAGAUUUGGCUAUCCAGAUAUUCCCUUUGAUAUGAACCUAACCUAUGAGAAGGAGGCUGAGCUGAUGCAGUCUCACAUGAUGGACCAAGCCAUCAACAAUGCAAUCACCUACCUUGGAGCUGAGGCACUUCACCCCCUGAUGCAGCACACACCAAGCACAAUUGCAGAGGUGGCCCCGGUCAUCAACUCAGCUUACGCUCAGGUCUAUCAUCCCAACAGGAUAGAAAGGCCCAUUAGCAGGGAAACAGCUGACAGUCACGAGAACAACAUGGAUGGCCCGAUCUCCCUCAUCAGACCAAAGAGUCGAACCCAGGAUAGAGAGGGCUCCCCCAGCAAUAGCUGCCUGGAUUCUACUGACUCAGAGAGCAGCCAUGAAGACCGCCAGUCCUACCAAGGAAACUCUGCCUUAAAUCCCAAGAGAAAGCCAAGCCCGGCUUAUAUGAAGGAGGACGCCAAGGCUUUGGAUGCCACAAAAGCUUCUAAGGGCUCUUUAAAGGAUAUCUACAAGGUCAUCAAUGGAGAAGGGGAGCAGAUUAGGGCUUUCAAGUGUGAGCACUGUCGCGUCCUUUUCCUGGACCAUGUCAUGUACACCAUCCACAUGGGCUGCCACGGCUACCGGGACCCGCUAGAGUGCAACAUCUGUGGCUACCGAAGCCAGGACCGCUAUGAGUUCUCAUCGCACAUAGUCCGAGGGGAGCACACAUUCCACUAGGCCUUCUCAUCCAAAGGGGACUCGUAUGAAGUAGAAGAACUGCACAUGAAGAAAUACUGCACUUACAAUCCCACUUUUCCUCAGACAUUGAGACGCCUAUUUUGUUGUUGUUGCUGUUGUUGUUGUUGCUGUUGUUUAAUUAUUAUUAUUAACCUUAUUUUUUGUGGACCCAACCUCAUUUGCUCUGCCCAGCUUAAGAAUGGAAAGAAGGAAGGGAAGGGAUAAAAGAGGGGUUUGUUGUUGCCGUCACUUUUUGGUGAGUGACCCGCCUCGCUUUCUGUGGGAAUUGAAAGGCAGUCCCUUUCUGUCUCAGUCAGCUGUACAUCGUGUCCUGUUUUGGGAUAUCGCUCAACCCUGCUAGGUGCUUUAAAGUCCCCAUGAGAUGCCACUCAUUUAUAAUUUCAGACGAAUAGGUAGAAACAUUUUGGAGGAGAGCCUUUUUCAAACAUGUAGAUACGGUGCGGGGAUUCUGUGGCUGGAGGAGAAGGGGGGAAAUCUGUUCUGCAGAAUGAACAAUUAUUUUUAAAGCAAAACUAUUAGAGUUUUAGGAGCACGAAUCAAAGUCGCUAUUCCUUUCAAAAUUACUUUCUGGGGUGAGCUGUUUUCCUGGGUUCAGUGUGUAUUGCCCCUCUAGAAUGUAAAAAACAAACAAACAAAAAAAAGAAAUGUAUGUCUUAACACUGUACCACAUUACAGCAGUUUGGUUUCAUAAGUCUGAGGGCCUUCUGUGGUAAGUCUGAGGCUUUGUAUUUUUAUUUUCCGUAACUUAUGAAGCACCUUUUUUAGAAUUGUUGAUUUGCUGUUACUCCAGGCCUAUGUGUUGACUCACCGGCUUCUCAGAGACCCUUGGGAGCCUUACUUAUUUAGUUGCACCCUAUGUUUUAAGAAAUAGCAUAUAGAAAUAACAUUUAAACUUGCUUCUAGGACAGUAAGUGGCCUAGGAGUGGGUGAGAGAGUCUGUAGUUUACUCAAGAGGUUCUGCUGCUCUUCUGAAAUAAUUUUGUUUUAAAAUUACGGAUUUUAAAAUGACAAAAGUACUAGUAGCAAAGUGUUCUUUAAAUAUAAUUAUAUAUCUAUAUAUACUUAUAUAAAUACUUUCUCAUUCUAUUAUCACAGUGUUAACUUCUUGGCAACAGCCUAAACUAAGACUUGCAGCUGGGAAAAUGCUAGGAGCCAGGUCCUCGGCCAGCAUUAAUCCUCUUAGCUCCAUUAGAUUUAGUGGAACUACCCCAACUACUUCAGCUACGUCAGGUUCCGAGUCUUGACCAUUUUUUUUCUCUUGUUCACAUCUUAUUUGCUAAUUUGCUGAACCAGCGACUUUUAUAUUUGUCAUCAGUUCUGCUUUAAUUUAAGGGUGGAAGUGUUUGCAGAUUCUUCUGGAUAGCCUUUGCUCUUGGAGAGCACGGAAGCCCUGCGAACGAACUGAUCGCGUAUGACCUUCCCUACUUCUUUAGGAAGUGAUACAUGGAGAUGCAGGUGCUGUGCUUUGAUUUGGAUUUGCAGAUUUCACUUUUAUUCCCAAUUUAUUAAUUUCACUCUAGGGAAUACAAAUGGAGAAACAAACUCCAGAGCAAGUCCUUGAACUACAGACUGGACAAGAGAAAAAAACCGGCCAAUCUGUUUUGUUUCCUUUCUUUCUCUCCCAGUAAAUAACAAAGCCAGCAACCACCCAGCAAGUUGCCGGUUGCAUCAGUAAAAAUUGGGCUUAAACCUACGUGACAGAUUGCCAUUGAAACCCAACUGUUUGUACCAAUCACAAUUGAAAUGUUGUUUGGCAACAAGAGCACAGCUUGAGAAUGGAAAGAUCUGCAUGGGUUUAACCCUCUCCGUGCACGCGGUCUCCAUGCGCUUGGUGAGACCUUUUCCGAAGUUUAAAGUUACUAAAGUAUAAAAGAGAGCGCAAGAUCAGGCCAUAAUGAAUUCCCAUCUGCUCACUUCAGUCUGCGUACUCGAUGCAUGUGCCAGUUUGCUGUUCGUUUUGAGUGUACUGGGUUGUUUUUUUUUUUUUUUCUUCUUCUCUUCCUAGACCUGGAGCAUUUGAAAGUAGGAGCUGAGUGGUAUUGAUUGAAAUCUUUUUAUGGUGACAUUCUUGGCAGCUAGAACCUGUGUUUAGAAAGGAUACAGUAGAUCAUGGCCAGAUUACCUGAUGACUACUUCCCAGCACUGAAAUGCUAUUAAGUAGGAGCUGGUAAAGUCUUGCAGUAGCCUAUUAAUUAUAAUACAAUAUGGAGAGAAAUGUCAUCUUUUCUAAUGUGAGAGCUAUCAAGGCUGGGAAUAUACGGGCUUUGGAGUGACAGAUUUAAAGACCUAUUCCCAACAUUGUUCUUAAUGUCGUUGGGUUUCUCCCCCUCCUUCUUUCUUUGUCCUAAUGUAGAGGAAACUCAGGCAAGUGAACCGCUGCCGUCCUCCGGACCAUUCUCAUUUUCUUGUGCUUGGUGCAAUCAAAGGAGUUUGUGCAGGAGAAAAACGGGGAGAUGCUGGAGGGCAUCAUUUUUAUUCCAGAUGGCUGUUUCUCUGUAGCUAUGAAGGUUGGCUUAGGAGGCGGCCGGCCAUGUUCUGCGGCAGGAUGUGCUUGGUAAUUCAGAAAAGCGGGGUUGCUUUUACAGCAUGCCACAAGAAAAAAAAAGAAAAAAAGAGAAAAAGAAAAAGAAAAAAAAGCGGUUGUGCUUUAUGCUGAGGCAGGAAAGGUCUUUUAAGAAGAACCUGCAAAGGGAAAGGCGCUGGGCCUGAAGGUCACUAGGCUUGCAUGGGCCUCCAGCAAGACACGUGCCAGAGAAGAGGGUUGCCGGCAAUCCCUUUCUGUCUCUGGGGGCAACGCUCCGUUCUCCCCUCUGCGGCCAGUGGAAAGAACAUGGCUAUGGUUUCUUGGAAUAGUUAGCACUAGGGAAAAAGUGUUAAAAAAUUCUGCCUGUGUUUGGGAAAGCACCGGAAUACGGGAAAGGCAGAGAAUCUCUUGUGUAUCCACAAAUAAGUUGGCUGCAAUUAUAUCUGCAGUUCGUUAGCGUGCACUUUCAUUCAUUGAUGAUUCAUUGAUACCUCCUGUAGUGUAUAUUCUGUAGAUGUUUUAAAGAUCAGACGGGGAAGCUCAGUGGGUUUGUAGCUGGCUUCAGUUAAGCCCAACUUCUUGUUCCAACGGUAGCGUGCGAGAUCUGUACGUGAGCGCUGCCGUGUCCUGGUAUCGCAGGCACGGAGACCUGGGGAGGCAGCGGGGAGACACGCUGGGUCAGUUUUCUUCCAAAACCUGCAUUUUUUGGAGAGCAAGAAGCUGAGGCGUUGCAUUAAUUUUUAUUAUCAAUGUCCUUUUCUGAACACUCACUGAAGUUUUUCAUCCUAGAGCUAGGGAAAGGGGAAAGAUUCAAUUCUAGUUCAAAUUUUGAACAAAAUUUUGGACUAGCACUUAUUUUAGCAUUCACUUCCUACUGAACAUUAUUAGAGGGUUUUAUUUUAAACAGUUUGCCCCUACAUGGAAGUGUGCAAAAUGGGGCCGCAGAGAUUUUUUUUCUUGCUUGCUCUUUGCAGAUUUCUAAGAAAAGCUCUUGAGUUUGGUCAAGUUCAUUAGUCAUUCACAGUGUACUAGGAAUUUCAGUAGAUAAUCCCUGGCCUGCAGAUCCAUUUAUUCUAGGUAUUUGGUGUUGGAAAUCGAACCUGGCUGAUUUUUAUUGGAAUAUCUUGAAAUUCUUGGAAUUGUAUUUCCAGUUAAAACAUGCAUUUGCAAAUUUAGAAUUGGCUUCCUGUGAGCAUUCCCCAUUUUCAUUAAAAAAAAAAAGCCAUUUCUGCACACAUCCCUGCCAGUAAACCCUUUCGCUUCUUUUUACAUCACAAAUGGCAAGAUUCUGUCUCAAUUUAGAGUAUUACAAGCCUAUUAAUUGAAAGAGAAGUGUGACUGCUUAUUCUGCUCUUGGUAUGAUCCAUAUUCUUGGAGCAAAGGGCAUUAUCUAUAUAUCUGCUGUUAUGGCCAAUGAAUUUUACAGCCACCUUUCUUUGCAAUCAGUUAGGAGUGCACAUCAAAAUAUAUAGCAUUUUUCAGUAAAGCCAGCUCUUUACUCAGUAACUUAUGGGAUUAAAACAAUUUUAUUCUCCUUAAAAAGUGCUUCCAUCUGUGAUGUGGUGUGAAAGGUGUCUAGGCAUUAACCUCUAUUGGUCUGUAUUAGGGAAGAAGAAUCUAAAUUUGUUAAUUGGCCUGAUUUUUUUUAUGGUAGUAGUUUCUACAGGGUGAGGACACAGCUCACAAAAUAGCCAUGUGGAACUAAAGUAUAUGUACUACAAGGUAAAGAAAUUCUCAAUUUUAAGAGUUUCUAAAUUUCUUUCUGUUUACAAGGGCAUUCCUAAAUUGGAAUUAAAAUUAAAAUCAACCUAAGUUAAAUCAAAACUGGCCGUUAAUAGGACAUUGUUACUGUUGUCUAGGUCGUGAGCUGGCUCUUUCGUAUUUGAAAGAAGCCAGACAACAGACACUCCUUCCUCCAGAAGGAAACUUUGGAGAUAAUUUAGGGAAAGGUGCUUAUUUCAGCCGCAGUAAUACAGUUCCUUUGCUAGAUAAUAUUCCUUUCCUUAACUCUCGCUGUGCAUUGUAAUUGUAAAGAGGAGGGGGAAGGGAGGCUGCACUGAUACCGGAGUCGCCUAAACUCAGUGUGGGAUUUUAGGAAAAGCGUGAUGAAAUUGGCUUUGACGCUAGAAAUUUGCAUCUUAGCUUGGCUUGGUAUCAUUUCCAAACAAAAAUGGAUGGUGGUAAUGGCCUGCAGUCUAGGGCAGCUGGAGAUUUUGAGAAAGUAUAUUUAUAUAUAUAUGGUACCAUAUAAUUAGAUAUAUGCUUUAUUGUAUAUGUGCCUUUUUCAAAUGCAUUUUGGAAGCUCGUGAUGUCAUUCAUGAUAUCCUACCAUACCCUUUCAGAAUGCACGACAAAAACCAACCCAAAGCAAGCAUCCCUUCUCCUACGGCGUAGCAAGGCAGGUCCCGCUCCCCUUCGGCACCCUCCUCGGCAGCUUGGCCCGCCCAGGGGACCGUCGUAGUACUUUGCUGUGAGAUUUCCUGGAGUCAGCCGGCUUUUGGGAGCGGGUAGGGCUGAGAAUUACCCUGGCAAAGUGCAUUCCAGCUAUCCAGCCAGAGCCGGUCUCGGAGCUGGUCCCAGCCGACACAGCGUCCCCGGAGCGAUGCCGAGACUCGCUGCAGAAGCCCCCAGCUGCACAGUGCCCCACAGGGCCGGGUCUCCUGUUUUCUCCCCCCUCCAGAGCUUUAAGUAAAGCACGCUGGAAAAUGGACUUUGAAGUUCCCACGUAGGAACGGGAGCAGACUUUAAAGCAUCUGCCACUCGCUUCAACCCAGAAAAAGAAAUCCAGCAAGAACAAAAGUCCUUUGGAAAUGGUUUGCAAGGUUGACUGUUGCGCUGCUGCCGCCCUAAUAAUUGACGUAGAGAUGAGCACGCCUGUAGAUGUCAUCGCGGGGGUUUAUUAGCUGGAACGCUUUGGUGAAAAGCGCAGUGUUUGCUUCGGUACUUUCCUGGCAGGUUGGUGACCUAGUUUCAGAUCUAGUUAUUUACCCUGCCCAGGUGCAGCGUGUGAGCGUGCCGGCACGGGCACGGCGUGAAGCCCAGGCACUGGCCUGAGCCCAGCGGCAGCCCCGUCCCGGCUCCCCCGCAUCUCUGCUGGGGUCUGAGCCUGCGGGAGGCACAGAGAGUACGUGGGGGGAGGAGUGGGGUAGAAAAGAGGCAGAAUUUGCUUCGUAGUAAAUAUAUUCCCUUUUAUCCCAUUAGGAGUUGUCCUGAAGUAUAGGCCAAGGAGAACAUCACCGGUUUCUAGUUUAGCCUCCUCCAGCCGUGCCUGGACGCGCGCGAUUUCUGUCCUUCUCCUCCACCGAGGCUCUGAAGUGGAUGGAGGGCAGCCAGGAGGAGGUGGUGUGCCGACGGUUUGCCGUGCUGCACGCCGAACAGGCCAAGAUAACAGUAAAACUGGUAGCCGUGUAAGUCACCUAGCUUUUCGGUUGAGCAUGCAGACCUGGUCACUUCCAGCCUUUGGAAGGGUGGUUGUCAGUACGCUCACGUGGAUCCUCGUUUGGGAGGAUAAUUGCAUGCGCUCUCUCCCUCUGUAAAAACUUUUCCUUUACAUACAAAUCAUGGGACCCAAUUAAUCAGUGGACAGAAAUGACCAUUUCAGCAAAGAUUUACAUUGCUGUAGUAAAACCUAAUAUUAGUUACAGCUACACCACCCCCCCCCAAACUGUGAUGUAUUUACUAUAGCAGUACGUGAAGUAUUUUAACAGAGUGAAUGACGACGAAGUUAAUCAGAUCGUGUCUUGAGAGGGGCUCGUGUGAUGUGUGCGCUGCUCAGAGAAAGGGAGCGGCUUGACCCAAAGCUUGGGCUGAUGCCUCCUUCCCGCAGGACGUAUUGAUUUAGGCGACUGCACCGCAGCCCAAGAAGACGUUUGAGCACGCGAUUAUCCUCCUGCCAUCCCUUCGAUUAGGUCUGGAAGCGCGCAGGAGUGUUGCAGUUAACCGUGUGCUUGAUGAUGACGGUUAUUUGUGAGAUCAGAUUUGCUAAUUGGCGCAGCGCGGCACCUCCGGUUAGGUCUCGGUGGUCAGCACUCGGUGGCGGGGCUCUGCGGCGAAGACGCGUUCGCUUGCGUUUGUGUAGUAGCCUUAAUCCCUCGCGCUCGGCGGUACGUGAAUACCGGCAGCCUCUAGUCUGUAUUUGCGAUCACGGAUGCGAUACGGACGCCUCCCGCGAGGCAUGGCGGAGAGCACGACUCCGUCAUUGGCACACCGAGGCCAGUUUGCAGUAAAUCGGGCCAUUUAGUUUUACCUCAAGUGACAUCAAGUAAGAAAAGCUUCUUGAAGGGGUAAGAGGUCACUGAAUCCCCAACUAUGCACUUACUGGGAUUUGACAUUGCUUACUGGAAAUGGAUGUUCGUUCCCGAACACACUGUAACAAGGGAAGGACUUUUUGGUUAUUUUUGUAGUCGUUAAAGAUUCCGAAACUGUGAUCAAUUAUUUGACGAAUUGUCAAGUGUCCUCAGAGCUUGAACACGUUCACUUCCUCUGCCGUGUAGCGGUCUCCUCUGGCGUUCAGUGCUUUUCUGUUUCUCUCUCCCCCUUUUCCUUCUCUGAGCUUUAAGUCUGGGCCUGCUCUUAUCUCCUGUAGCUUUGGGCUGUCUGGGGGUUUGGGGCUUUGGUUUUGGGGGGGUUUUUUUGGGUUCGUUUGUGUUUUGGGGGUUUUUUUUUGUUCAUUGGCUGUACAGUCUGUUUACAUAUUUUUGUACUCAAGUGUAGUUUUAUAUUAAAAACAGGAAAAAGAAAAAAAGAUAGUUGAUUUGAGAAAAAAAAAAAAGGUACGUACUCUUUGUAACACUUUAAAGAUCUAGGGUACCUUCCGAGAUGACUCCACAGUGAUGUAAUUAUAAUACUGUAUAUUUGCCUUCCUUUUUAGUUGGUUUUAUUUUCUGGUUGUAUUUUUUUUUUUUCCUAAAAUGUAUAUCUUUUUAUGAGAAACUGGAAACUUUUAAUGCAAAUGUUUAGAAAGAUAUAAAAUUGUAAAAAAAAGUCAUAUAAUUUUUUUUUUUCCUGUGGGAAGAAAAUGCUUUAAAAAAAGUUUUACUACUGUUGUAUUCCAGGGUGGGGGUUACCAACCCCAGAUUUGCUUCUUAUGCUUCAUUCUUGGGUCCUGCUUUCUAAACAUGCUCAUUGCAGACAUGGAUGAUUUGCUUAUAUUAGUUUUUUUAAAAAAAAAAAAAAAUCACCAACAGAACCACCUUUUUGGGUUAUUUUUCUGUUCAAGUGCAAUACUUUCCCUGACGUCUUAUUAAGGUACAAAGGUUUCUUUUUUCUUUCCUCAGUCCACACAAAUCAGUGAAACAAAAUGCUCUGUCUUAAAUACAUUCAAAGAUAAGGGUCAAGUAACGCCGUAAAUUAAGAUUGUGACUGACAGAAGGUGAGAAACUGUAAGUUAAGGCUAAAGCCCAUACCUGAACUCCUGCUUUUAUUUGACACGGAAACACAUCCAGUGCAUGAAUUAAGGACAUACCUGUUCUUGCCUCUUCCUUCCUUUUCUUUUGUAAUUGCAGCUUUCUUUUUAAGAAAAGCACUUAAUAUGGAUGUUUAUUAAAAAUAACAAAACAAACAAAAACAAAAAAAGAUCUUUUGGUCUGAUCCAAAACCCACUCAGUGGAGACUCUUGUUGACUUUGAUGAUGGAUUUUGGAUUAGGCGUAAUCUCUUAGCUAGGGCAAAACUGCCAUUUACUCUAAUGGGAGAGAUUUGCCUGCGUAAGAAUUACAGGACUCGUGUCCUUUAUCUACCUGAGAGACCAGAAAAGCUUCUUUAGAGUUGUCCUUGUCUUAUAUAAGUUUAGAUGGGACUUGUUUUACAUAUCAUACAUAUUUAUAUAUGGUGUAUUUUUAAUGCCUUCCCCCCCCCCCCGCCCCCAGUAGACUGAAGCCGCUGUUCUGUAAAUAUGUAUUUAGGUACAUAAUAAAAUAAAAAAAAAUCCCGUUGAGAUUUCUUUGAAAGGCAGUUACUGCGCACGCACAGUAGCCACUUUGGUCUUUUAAAUUUGUAUUUAAGAUACUUCUUUUUAAUCCUAAGAAAGGUGAGGAGACUGUAUCCCGUUCUGAUUGAUUGCCAAAAUUAUUUCCCAGACUCUUUGAGUGUUUGAGUUCCAGAAGCAAAACGCAUUGGGUGGGUGACUGUCGUGGUUGCCCACGGGUUCUCACGCUCCGAGGGCCAAAUCCCGGUAACCCCACGUAGGCUGGUUCGGGUCCUCCCGCCAACGGGGGCUGCACCGCGGCGGUGGGGUCACAGCAAAGCGCGCACCAGUUCGUGAGUGUCGUUUCGGGCGACGGGGUCGGACCCAUUUGUCACGGCACGUCCCCCGCCUCACGCGGGGUUGCGCUCUGCCCACUUUAGUGCUGUUUGCCUCCAGCAAGCCGGGUGAGUAAUCUGGCAAGUGGCCGCUUUUCUCCCAGGUUACGAUUUUUUUUUUUUUAGUUCGGUGACAGAUGUUCUGAGCUCAAAUUGAGGAAUCUUUUAAAUUAAAAAAAAAAAUUAUAUUAAAAAAAAAGAAAAUCAGAGUUUAUUCCAAAAAUCAGAGUUUAUUCCAAAAACCAGUGAAGCCACUGGGAAUUGCCCCAUUGCUUUACGUGGUCAUUGGAACAGGCUUUUACACGAGGAGUUCAGAAACGAUCCCUACGACAGUGGUGCAUCUGAGCAACCCCAACGUAAACCUGUAUCCCCCUGCUAAAAAAGUUUUGCCGCUGUAGACUGAACUAUGGGACUUGUUUGGUUUGGGGUUUUUUUUUUUCCCCUUCUUAGUAUACAUGCAUACGUAUGGUUCCACAUCUGUAUGCGUGUACUCUGUACAUGUGUGAGUGUUGUACAGCCAUGUGAGAGUGUGAGUCUGUAUGUGUGUAUAAAUAAAAGAAGCUGCAGAAACUUUGUAAUACUUUGUGAAAAGGAUUAUAUUAUAAAGGUUUGUACUGUCUUGAGUGCACAGCUACUGGAAUAAAUGUAGGGAAUCUCAGGAACAAGCAUAUAAUUUGUCCAAGAAUUAUUUCUUCUCAGAAGUGUAA